AUGAUCAAGAGUAUCAUCAAGCUUAGAGAGAUUGCUACAACUAAUGACUACUGGGCAAAGAGUCUUCAAAGGAAAAUUUUCAAGACUAAUGAUAUGUAUGCUGAAAUCCAUGGUAGUGACAUUGAUAGGGACUGGAAAACAAUGUUCUACCAUAACUAUGCCCGGCCUCGAGCAUGUUUCAUUACUUGGUUGGUUUUUUGGGGGCGCCUUCCUACCAAGGAUAGACUAGCAAAGAUUCAAAUCAUCACUGAUGGUAUAUGUAAUUUCUGUGGUGAGCAGGAGAAUUUGACACACUUGUUUUUUCAGUGUAGGUACACUGCCCAUAUAUGGCAACGCAUUCUGAUUUGGAUAGGGUAUCAGAGAAAUAGUGGAGAUUGGACACAGGAAAAACUUUGGCUCAGCUUGGAAUCGAAAAAGAAGGGAUGGCGAAGGGUUUUGUUGCGCAUGACUGCUACAGAAACUAUCUAUCAUCUGUGGCAGGCCAGGAAUGCCCUUUGUUUUGAGCAAAUAACACCGAGUCCGGAUAUCGUUCAUCAAAUCCAAUCUGCAGUGGUUUUGCGGGCUCAAUCCAUCAAAUGCUUAAAAAAUCAUGUUCAUCUAGUAUCUUUGGAGAUUAGAUGA